GAAAAUAAAAUACGACUAUCAUAAGAUAUAUUUGCUUCAUGGAAUUAUUCAAUUAUUAGAACACAUAACGAUAAUUGAUUCUAAAUUUCCUAUUCAAAAAUUGGUUUGGUAUCAGAGUUCUCAAAAGAGGAUUCCAACUAAAUUGAAUUCACAAGAUAUAUUUGUUUCAGGGAAUAAUUCAAUUAUUAGACCACAUAAUGAUAAUUUAAAAUACUUAUAAUGAUAAUUAAUUCUAAAUUUUCUAUUCAAAAAUUGCUUUGAUAUCAAGUAUUCAAAAGAGGAUUCCAACUAAAUAAUAAAAAAUAAUAUUUUUCAUAAGUACAAAUGAUUUUUUACAAUAAGAAAAGUAGAAGAACCAAUUAUGAAAUUUAGAAAACAGAAUAUUCUAAGAAUAUUUAGUUAACUUUAACGAAAUGCACUUAGUAUUAAACUUAAGUGGUACCGGGUGCAUAUAUAUAAUAGAGUUCAGUGGUACGCGAUGCCCUAUUAUUAGUUAAGUGGUAUUGCUCUCCCAAUUCUCAUACUAUAGUGGUACCAAUGUAUUUUACCCUCUAACUAGGGGGUCCGAUAGGGGUUUAACAACUUUGAUCGGAGACAUCGUGCUAAUGGUCAACCCAUUCCUCGGACUCAGCGACGAAUCCAAGAUAAGAUAGAGCAUUGGGCCACAUUAGAUAAAAAAAUAAAAAGUACUGAGCCAUAACCCGAUGAGAACAUAAACAAUACCUAAAAUCAGAAAUUUACAAAAAUUAUAUUAGCUCCCAAUCUAGAAGAGGGCUGAACCGUGCCCAUGGCAGCCCACUAGAUCCGCGGCUGUUUGACCCUCAGAGUCUCAGACCCUCUACUCUACAUGCUCAAUUGACGGCUCGCCUCUAGCAAGACACCACAACAGACCAACAGCGCACCGACACGCAAGCUCGCUGUGCAAGUUCUAUUUAUCCAGUACAUCUCAAAGUAUCACAUUCACACCGCUACCUUGUUUCUCGAGUGGGUCCCACUUUGGAUGCCUCGUGGCGGACAAAACUGAGUGUCAAUAGCAACAAAGUGGAUAAGAACCAGCAAUCCGCUGCCUCUCGGGUGUAAGCAGUUUUCCCUCCCCCGGACCGUCCGAUCACCUCAGACCCAGAUUCCAUCUGACGGUGGGUAUCAUCCCUCUCUCUCCCCUUUCCCUCGGAGUUGGAUAUUUUGGAGCUGCAAUAACAAUCAACUAUAAUAUCCCAUCUCUACUCUAAAACCCUGUAUAUUUCAGAAGUCGCAUCUUUUCAAUUCUACUAUUAAUUUUAAUUUUAUUUAGCUAAAGAAAUAAGAAUAGAAUAGUUAUUCUUCGUUAUGGGGUCCGCCCGGCCCAUCCUUUCCUAACGAGUAAGGACUAAGGAGUGACGAUUGGAACCAAAAGUCCCAACAAGGUUUGGCAGAGGGGAAGGAGGGGGUGUUGGUUUGUUGCUGUCCGUCUGUGUUUAUACUUAUAGAUCACUUGCAGGGGAGGAGAGAGAGCGAGAGUGGCUUCUUUUUUCCACUGGAAAUUAGAAAAGACUGCAUCUUUGCUCUUCCAUUUCUCUCUCUACCUCUCGUUUUCCCGUUGAAAUGAACAAGUGAUUGAAAUUGGAAACUGAAAAAGCUACAGCUUCCAGGAUUUCAUUGUGGGGGCAAGCAAAAAACGUUUUCUGCGUACUAAGCUCCAGCUGGUACUGACCCACCACCACUGUCAAAAGGAAAUGGAAUUCCAUUUUCUGGGUUAUGGUAAGUUUUUCUUUCCCACCACCUCACUGCGUGCUUUUCAACUGUAAAUUCGUUUCUUCUUCAAUAGAAAUUAUUUGUGAGUUCCGUGUCCAAAUUCAUUGGUGUUUUUAUGUGGGUUUCUCGUUUCUUGUAGUUUGUGGAGAUCUUCUCCUCCUUCUUCAGCUGUCUGCUGCUGCGUGCUUACUUUAGCUCGGUGUUAUUGAAUAUAUUCCAAGCUACUUCAACGCUUGUGUUUGUGUCUCAACCUAAUUUGACUGUUGCAGUUGCUGCUCCUUUCUGGGUAACUAUCCCCUUUUGUUUUCCGCUCUAAAAGGCCUUUCAGCUACUCGUUGUGCCUAAUUUGUUGCUUAAGCUGUUGAUUCUGUGAUAGAAUAGCGAUACUUUUUCAAUUUUCUGGUCGGGUUGUAGGUGUUCUUCCGGCUUUUGCGCUAAAAUCGUGCAAAAGGGUUUCCCUGUUUCGUUGGGGCGAGUGAAGUACUUCUUCCAGGCAUCAGCAAUUAAGGGAAGAAGGAAGAUUUACUUCUUUUUUUUUUUUGGAGAACCAUAAUGGUUUCAAGAUCAUACUCCAACCUUCUCGAGCUUGCCUCUGGUGACUCUCCAUCCUUUGGUCGAAUGAGUAGAAGAAUUCCAAGGAUCAUGACCGUGGCCGGUAUCAUUUCCGAUCUGGAUGAUGAUCCAUCGGAGAGUGUGUGCUCUGACCCGUCUUCCUCUUCUGCCCAGAGGGACCGGAUAAUCAUCGUAGCCAAUCAGCUCCCCAUAAGGGCCCAGAGAAAAUCGGAUGGCAGCAAGUCAUGGACAUUCACUUGGGAUGACAACUCACUUCUUCUUCAGCUGAAAGAUGGGUUGGGUGAUGACGAUCUUGAUGUCAUCUAUGUUGGCUGCUUGAAUUCAGAAGUUCACCCAAGCGAACAAGACGAAGUGUCACAGAUUUUGUUGGAAACCUUCAAAUGUGUCCCAACUUUCCUUCCAAACGAUCUCUUUAGUCGGUACUACCAUGGCUUCUGUAAGCAACAGUUGUGGCCACUAUUCCAUUACAUGUUGCCUUUGUCUCCAGACCUUGGGGGUAGGUUCAACCGUUCCUUGUGGCAGGCAUAUGUGUCGGUGAACAAGAUUUUUGCUGACCGGAUCAUGGAAGUGAUCAAUCCCGAAGAUGAUUAUGUCUGGGUCCAUGAUUACCAUUUGAUGGUGUUGCCAACUUUCUUGAGGAAAAGGUUCAACCGGGUGAAACUCGGGUUCUUCCUCCAUAGCCCAUUCCCUUCGUCCGAGAUUUACAAGACUUUGCCUAUCAGGGAAGAAAUUCUACGGGCACUGUUAAAUUCAGAUUUGAUUGGGUUCCAUACUUUCGACUAUGCCAGGCAUUUCUUGUCAUGCUGCAGUAGAAUGCUUGGUCUAACUUAUGAGUCGAAAAGGGGAUAUAUUGGUCUGGAGUACUGCGGUCGAACUGUUAGCAUCAAAAUUCUUCCCGUUGGUAUCCACAUGGGUCAGCUUCAAUCGGUAUUGAGCCUUUCCGAGACUGAGAAAAGGGUGCAAGAGCUGAUCAACCAGUUUUAUGAAAAAGGCAGGAUAAUGUUGUUGGGAGUGGAUGACAUGGAUAUCUUCAAAGGGAUAAGCUUGAAGCUAUUAGCUAUGGAGCAGUUACUAUUGCAGCAUCCAGAGUGGCAAGAGAAAGUGGUGCUUGUUCAAAUAGCAAAUCCUGCUAGAGGCAGGGGCAAAGACGUGAAAGAAGUCCAGGCCGAGACUUACUCCACUGUCAAGCGGAUUAACGAGACAUUUGGUAGGCCAGGGUACAACCCUGUCGUGCUGAUCGAUGCCCCACUAAAGUUCUAUGAGAAAGUUGCCUAUUAUGCUGUUGCAGAGUGUUGCUUGGUGACUGCUGUUAGGGAUGGAAUGAAUCUCAUACCUUAUGAGUACGUCAUCAGCCGCCAAGGGAACGAGCAACUAGAUAAAGUGUUGGGACACAAAUCGUCGAUGAAGAAGAGCAUGCUGGUGAUAUCCGAGUUCAUAGGCUGCUCGCCGUCCUUGAGUGGAGCGAUUCGAGUCAAUCCGUGGAAUAUUGAUGCGGUGGCUGAUGCAAUGGAUCUCGCCUUGGUGAUGGCGGACUCAGAGAAACAACUUAGGCAUGAAAAGCAUUAUAGAUAUGUGAGCACACAUGACGUUGGGUAUUGGGCGCGUAGUUUUCUUCAGGACUUGGAAAGGACGUGUAGAGAUCAUUCAAAGAGGAGGUGCUGGGGGAUUGGGUUUGGGUUGAGCUUUAGAGUUGUGGCGCUUGAUCCAAACUUCAGGAAGCUGUCGAUGGAACAUAUUGUUUCAGCUUAUAAGAGGACCAUGACAAGGGCGAUCCUACUGGACUACGAUGGUACACUAAUGCCUCAGGGGUCGAUCGACAAAAGCCCUUCACAGAAGACUAUACAAAUCCUGAACAGCUUGUGUAGGGAUAAGAACAACAUUGUUUUCCUUGUCAGUGCCAGAAGCCGGCAGACGCUUGGGGAAUGGUUUUCCCAGAUUGAGGACAUGGGUUUAGCUGCUGAGCAUGGUUACUUUUUCAGGCUAAUGCGAGACGUGGAGUGGGAGACAUGUGUGGCUGCAGCUGAUACUAGUUGGAAGCAGAUUGCUGAGCCAGUGAUGCAGCUUUACACGGAGACAACUGACGGAUCAACGAUUGAAGAUAAGGAAACUGCACUUGUGUGGUGUUAUGAGGAUGCUGACCCAGAUUUUGGUUCAUGCCAAGCGAAAGAACUUCUUGAUCAUCUUGAAAGUGUUUUGGCCAAUGAACCUGUCACCGUCAAGAGUGGACAGAACAUAGUGGAGGUUAAACCUCAGGGAGUGAGCAAGGGGCUAGUUGCGAAACGCCUGCUCGCCACCAUGGAAGAGAAACAACUAACGCCUGACUUUGUGGUAUGCAUUGGAGAUGAUCGGUCAGAUGAAGACAUGUUUGAGGUGAUAACAAGUUCCAUGGCGGGCCUAACAUCAUUGAACCCAAGGUCAGAAGUGUUUGCAUGCACGGUUGGUAAGAAACCCAGCAAGGCUAAGUACUAUCUGGACGAUACAGCAGAGAUCGUGAGGUUGAUGCAGGGUCUGGCUUCUGUCUCUGAACAAAACCUUACCAUUUAAGUCCGUGAUGGGCUUUUCAGAGCUGGUAAGGGGGCCCCUUCAAUAGAAUGUUAGCUAUAGAUUUGGGAAAACAAGACAAUGUAAAGCGGUUUGUUCGAGUUUGUACCAUCUUCGAGUUUGCUUGGCUUUGCUUUCUUCCCCAUUUGUGUAUAAAGUUGUUUCUCUAAGAACAUUUCUACAAUCGUCGAUGGAGUACCAUCUUGUGCGUUUUCAAAAUGAAUGAAUGCCUUUGUUUAGUCCGUAUUCUAGAAGUAUUUUUCGCUUCAAAAGUUGAAGUCGGGCCAAACAUUUCUAAAAGAUUGGCUUUUAAAAAAUUAAAAAGUGUUUUUGUAUUAUAUAAGAGCACACGCUUCUAUAUAGAGAUUUUGUGAAAAUUCUAUUUUGAAAAUACAAGAUUAUCCUUAAC